GAGGAGCAGCAGAAUAAAGAGAAAUACAGAGAGCUCCACACACAUCAGUAAGUAGCUGUAAGAAGACAAGAGUGAAGGAGGGAGCACAUAAAACGAUAAGAAAGAAUAGAAAGAGGAAAGAAAAGAAGAAACUAAAUAAAAAGAAGAAAGUGAAAGGUUGAGGGAGUUGUUGCUCAGUUGGGAAUCCAUCCAGCAAGACUGCAGAGAGACUUCACUUUGUGUCCAAGUGAAGGGACAAAACCAGUGUGACUUAGAGUGUGUACUGGGAGGACGGACUGGUUUCUACCCACAGUGAGCAGACUGCCAAGCAGCAUGGCCGACAGCGUGAACGAGGAGUCGGAUUAUAACCCGGGGAAAGAUGAGCUGGACUGGGGCUACGAGGAAGAAUGGGGACUCCAUUUCCCAGCAGCCAACGGCGAGUACCAGUCUCCCAUUAACUUAAACUCCAGGGAGGCUCAGUACGACCCGUCCCUCCUGGACGUCGGCUUAUCACCAAACUACGUGGUGUGUCGAGACUGUGAGGUCAUCAACGACGGACACACCGUCCGCAUCCUUCUCAAGUCCAAAUCAGUGGUUACCGGAGGUCCGUUGCCUAGCGAUCAUGAGUACGAGCUUCAUGAGGUUCGAUUCCACUGGGGCAAAGAGAACCAGAGAGGAUCAGAGCACACCGUCAACUUCAAGGCUUUCCCUAUGGAGCUCCACCUGAUUCACUGGAACAGCACUCUGUUCAACACUUUGGAGGACGCUCUUGGGAAGAAGAACGGAGUCCUCACCAUCGCUCUGUUUGUGCAGAUUGGUAAAGAGCAUCUGGGUCUGAAGGCCAUCACUGAAGUUCUACAGGACCUGCAGUACAAGGGGAAGAACAAGAUAAUCCCCUGCUUCAACCCCAACACUCUGUUACCUGACCCUUUACUGAGAGACUACUGGGUGUAUGAAGGAUCUCUGACCACACCACCGUGUAGUGAAAAUGUGACCUGGAUCCUCUACCGCUACCCUCUCACCAUCUCACAGUUACAGAUUGAGGAGUAUCGGAGGCUGCGGUCCCAUUACAAAGGGGCGGAGCUACUAGAAGGGAAUGAUGGCAUGUUGGGGGACAACUUCCGUCCCACCCAGCCGCUCAGCGACCGGACAGUUCGUGCCGCCUUCCAGUGACUCUCACCUUCCAGUGCCAACUCAGAAAAACUAUGGGACCUACUGAUCCGAGAACAAAAGGAGAGAAGGAAGAAGAAGUGUGAAGAGAGGAAUGGAAAUAGAGGGAGAGAGAGAGGGAAGGGUGAUGUGGUUGUAGAUCAGCUGCAGACUGAAGGUGGACAAAGAAACUAUUGAUCUCACACCUUCAGUGUGUGCUUUGUGUAGGUGUGUCCUUUACUCCCCCCGCUCAUUCUUACUGUAUUUGUGUAUGUGAUUGUAACAUCCUCCAUCCUCCCUGUGUAUGUGUGUCUCUAGUAUUAUUGUACGUGUGUGUGUGUCCUGAUUAGAUGAUAGGAGGCUUUACUACCGGCCCGUCUCUGCUGUCAAAACAAGAGGAAGCGUGAACCACAGAUACACACACACACACACACACGCACAC